AUGGAGAACUGCUGGAAUAACGACUGGGCGGACAUGGGCGGACUUGCUGUCAACGCAAUCCGGGAUGCCAACACAGUCUUCGGCGGGCUAGGAGUCUAUUCUGUUGUAGAGGUGUUCUUUCUGGCAGGUCUCUCAGUGUUCCUAACUGAAUUGGAAGUUUUCUGGGUUCCUUCCCGAAUGGCUCGUCUGUGCAAGGUGUUCUGGAUGUUCACCCAUCGUGCACACCAAGACAUGACGUCAUUGCUGCAGCCAUGUUGGCAUGGGUUCAUCCUUGCGGCCGACCAGAAACAACGCCUCCAAUAUGCAAAUUGGCUCAAUGUCUAUGCAAAGCAGAAAACGCUCGUCUCUGCGCGAAUGAAAGCUCUGUAUAAGGAUUACACUGAUGUCCUGCAACAACAUCAUUGCAAAUCUGAGGACGUCAUUAUAUGUGGUGAGGACUGCCAGCUGUACGACGUCUUUGAGCCUACACUCAUACAAGCAGCCUUGUCGGAGAAGGCUGUGAACCUAGGUCAUCUCAUCUUUGGUACUGACGAGUGGACAUUGUUGUCAGGAACCUCUGGGAAGUCUACGCAACCGGGCGACCCGCUGACUAUGACACUGCCACGGCUCGGUCUGAAGUUGUCUGACUUGAAGCCAUGUACACAUCUCAACCUACAAGCAUACUCUAAUCUCUUCCUACUUCCUUGA